AGCGAAAGACAGCGAAGGAGAGGGAGAGAAGGAGGGGGGAUGGAUGGAAGGAGCUAUAUGGGGCCGUGAUAUUCUCUCCUCCUGGAUGCUGCCGUUCCUUUUCAUGGCUUUGUCCCUCCUUUGUACGGCCCGUCCGUGUCCCCGGGAGCAGGCACCGGCGCACGGACCAGCACUCAGCGGCGGAGCCGGGGAUGAAUCAGCCCCAACAAAGAGCCUUUGAGAUGGCAGUGUGUGCUCCUGCCUGGAGGGAGGAACGCAUCAGGCUUUCCCAGGCAAGCGGCAGCCUGCAGUGUGCUCUCGCCUGAGAUCCAGUCAUCCUCGCCGCUGCGUGUGGAGAGAGGCUCCGGCGUGUAUGUCUGCGUGUGAGCGCAUGAGUGUGUGAAUAAUAGUGCAUGUGAGUGUGUAUGUGCACACACUCUCGCUUCCAAUCCUUCCUGGAGGAGAGAGGUUCUCCUCUUCACUGGACAGCAAGGCACAUUUUGAAGCGGGCAGGCUGUCGCCUUGCUGGACUUGAGGAUGUUUCGCAAAAAGAAAAAGAAGAGGCCUGAGAUAUCGACGCCCAAGAACUUCGAGCAUCGCGUCCACACGUCGUUCGACGCCAAGCGCGGCUGCUUCAUCGGCCUGCCGACGCAAUGGCAGAGCCUGAUCGAGAACCUGCGGAGGCCCAAGCCCAUGGUGGACCCUUCCAGGAUCACAGAGGUGGAGCUGAGGCCAAAGAAGACCAUCGUGCGUGGGAGCAUGGUCGGCCACGGAGACUACAUCGCGGCCAUGAUCAACGACAUGAGCCGCCUGUCUGUGACCAGCUCCAACUCCCUGCGGAAGAGCAGCCCCUCGGCCAGGAAGCGGGCCCAGUCCCUGGGCCGGCUGGGGGAGGUGAACGAGGGGGACGCGUACCAGUACGAGGGCCUGACGCAGGACGACGACGACGAUGACGACGACGACGAAGACGCGGGUAUGGAUCAGUGGCGGGAGAAGGCCAGGAACAUCCACAGCGAGACCAACACCCCGUACCUGGGCAUGAAGAAGAGCAUCACUCUGCAGCCCAACGGGAUCCUACCAAAGGCCAAGUCCACCUAUGAGGUUGGAGUCACCUGCCUGGAAGGACCCCCGCAGCCCCCUCCGUUCCAGAACGUCCAGCCGCCGAGUCACGGGACCUACAUGACGGGCGAUUUGGGGAGUCCUCAGGAAAGAGUGAUCUGGAAGAGGGACUUCCAGCUGCCCCGGGGGAUGCCGCCUAACCAGAGACCCGUAGCCUGUUUUUACAGUCCGAACGUGGCUGUGCAGCAGCCCCACAGCGAUCAAGGAACAGUUACCACGGAGCUCCGGCCCAGCGUGCCGAUGUACGUGCACCCUCAGAACAGCCCCGGGAGGCCCUUCUCUUCAUAUGACCUCAAAGCAGACUCGACAGUGAGGUACCACUCUGGGUUCCUGCCCACUGGCACCAGCAGUCCUCUCGUCGGGGGAAUCAGACCCCAGCGGACCGUGCGAUCCUCGGCCAGCUACACCCUGGGCCUGUCUCCCAACAUGGGGCUGAGGCCCAGCGGACCGGACCCCUUCCUCAGACACUCCGGAUGCCCCAACCCCCCCUACCCUCGGCAGGACAGUCCUUCCCAGCCCCGGCCCUCCCCGACGGGCUCGCUGGCCACCAGUCCGCCCGGCACCUGCUCCCCGGCCUUCAGGCCCCCGCAGCAUCCUUCGCCCAGACCGCCUCCCGACCCGCCCAAGGUGACGCACGAGCAGUUCAAAGCGGCCCUGCAGAUGGUGGUGGACAAGGGCGACCCCCGGUCCUACCUGGAGAACUUUGUGAAGAUCGGGGAGGGCUCCACGGGGGUGGUGUGCAUCGCUACGGAGAAGCACAGCGGCCGGCAGGUGGCGGUGAAGAUGAUGGACCUUCGGCGGCAGCAGAGACGAGAGCUGCUCUUCAACGAGGUGGUCAUCAUGAGGGACUAUCAGCACAGGAACGUGGUGGAGAUGUUUAAGUCUGCCCUGGUGGAGGAGGAGCUCUGGGUCAUCAUGGAGUACCUGCAGGGUGGAGCACUCACCAACAUCGUGUCUGAAACCAGGCUGAGCGAGGAGCAGAUUGCUACAGUGUGUGAAGCUGUUCUGCAGGCCCUGGCCUAUCUCCACUCACAGGGAGUCAUCCACAGAGACAUCAAGAGCGACUCCAUUCUGCUCACACUGGACGGGAGGGUAAAACUGUCAGACUUUGGCUUCUGUGCUCAGAUCAGUAAGGACAUCCCUAAGAGGAAGUCACUGGUGGGGACGCCUUACUGGAUGGCUCCCGAGGUCAUUUCCAAAUCGCCAUAUGGCACCGAGGUGGAUGUGUGGUCGAUGGGGAUCAUGGUGGUGGAGAUGGUGGACGGAGAGCCGCCAUACUUCAGCGAAACCCCAGUAGCGGCGAUGAAGAGGCUCAGGGAUGAGCCCGCUCCGAGUGUACGAAAUGUCAGCCAGGUCUCACCAGUUCUGAAAGACUUCCUGGACCGCAUGCUGACCCGGGACCCCCUGGAGCGGGCCAGCGCCACCGACCUGCUGGAGCACCCCUUCCUGCUGCAGAGCGGUUCACCUCAGUGCCUGGUCCCGCUGGUGGAGCAGUACCGCAAGCGCAUGUCCCGCUGCUGACCCCGCCGUGGUUCCGGUUCCCCAAGAGCCCGCCCUCCUGUCUGACCGCUCCGGGCCUCGAAGAGGACUCGCGCAGGGGUCCGGCACCUCUAGCAAGCAAGCCAACCGGGGGCUCAUCGGCUCCCAAGCGACGCAAACGCAGGCGGCAUUUUUUUGCUGCCGUCGGUGUGCGGGUGGCGGGAGGCGAGUUCGGUAAACAGACACCGCAUGGUCUCGGGCAUGAGAGAAGCACUUUAGGAGUGAGUUCCAGGCAGCAUGCAGCUCCUCACCUCUCGACUCAAUCCAAAUAUUGAUUGGCUUCCUGAAAUAUUCAAUGGGAUUCAACUCAGCACAACAUGGUGCAUAUCAAACUGAUAGUAGGAGUCAAUAAUUCAAGUAUGUAUCAGACAAAAAAAAAAAAAUCCUUUAUAGUUUUCAUAGUGGGCUUUAUGGCUGGCUGUGUGAAGCCUGUGAAUCUGGUAUCAGACUCGAACCUCAGACGCUCAUUGUGACAUUAUUGAGCCAGGGUCAAGUUACCUCUUGCACACUCUCACUCUGUGAAAAGUGGACAAAAACCUGGUCGAUACACACUCUUUGCAUGGCCAAAUGGAGGCACACCUGGCCUGAUGUGAAUGCUUGAAUAUGUACCAAACUGGGAUGUGAAAGACAAUUCUCCUUUAUUAGCAUAAUAAAUGGGUAGAUGAAAGCCCAGCUGCUACUAUUGGGCUAUUGGAAAAACCACCAAUACCAUAUAUAUCUUUUUCAUAUUUAUUCUUUAUUUCCAAAAAGGUGUUGUGGAUUGUUUGUAUGAUGUGAAGUUACAAAUAAGGUUUCAUUGUUAGGUAUGGACUUGAAACAUAAGCAGAUAAAUAAUUUAAUAAUGUAAAUAAAAACAAUGAAUAGUUCCUCAUAACUGCUGAUUCACUGCAGUAAAUUAUAUGGAAACAAUUUGAAAUGUUACUUUUCUUUGAUGAAAUGUGUGUAUAUAGUUGUAUGCGUGUGUGCGCGCGAGAGAGCGAGUGUGUGCGAGGCGACGUCUCACUGUUUGCUUCUGAUACAGCCCCCUUUGUAUUGUGACAGACUUUUUAAAAAAAAAAAAAAAUCACGAGGUGUGCGAGUGUGAGUGUGUGUGUGUGUGUGUGUGUGUGUGUGUGUGUGUGUGUGUGCGUGUGUGUCGCUCUGAGAGGCGAUCUGUGCGACUGUAUUUGCAUUUGUUUGCCUAGAUAAAGCACACAGGCCUGGCAUGUGAUGCUGCAGGACGUCCGCCUGCUGAGAAACACUUUGCACAUAGUCUUUGUAAUCGGACACGGACACAUGUUGACAUGUUUCAUGUAUUUCUAUUUCUGUGUGAGAUCACUCAUGAAAAAGAGAAUUACUCAUUUUAAUUUUGUACAAAUGAAUAAAUAAUGCAUACCGA